AUGUUGCCCUUUCAAAGGAUGAAACUUCGGUCAUGCAUUUGGGUUUUGAUGAAUGUAAUGGAAAGCGAAAAACAAAGUGCAGAAAGAGAGCCGCUUCCUCAGGACUGGAAAAGUUGCAAGUUGAUUAUUGAUCCUGCAUUGACAAAGGGGCUGUAUAAAGUCUGCCGAUAUGAUGGACAGGUUUUUAACAUACCCGAUUUAGGACUGUUUCCUGUGGACGUCGUCAGAGAUCCACGCAUCUGCCGUCUGUGGAGUAAGCACAACAAGACUGAACUUUUGGUUCCUAAAUUUAAGAUCGAUGAAUGGUAUGUGGGCCCUGUUCCUCCCAGGGAAGUGACAUUUUUGAAGUUGAAUGAUAAUGUGAGGGAGACCUUUCUGACUGAUAUGUGCAAGAAAUAUGGGAACAUCGAAGAGGUGGAAAUAUUUUACAAUCCAAGGAACAAGAAGCACUGGGGGAUUGCAAAGGUUGUCUUUGACACAGUGAGGGCCGCAAAAGACGCUGUGCAGCAUCUGCAUCAGGUUUCCGUGAUGGGAAAUAUCAUUCAUGUGAAAAUAGAUCCUAAAGGUGAAAACAGGGCACGGUAUCUCCAACUCCUCCUUAGUGGCCUGUAUACACCAUGGACGUUACCAGUGACAAGCAGUGACCAGGCUCUUCAAAGCUUAGUUGACAGUUUGAUGGGUGGCUCAGCCACGCAGCGACAGGGGAGUGUCUGUAGCCCCGCCAGCAUUUCUACACCCCUCUCUCUGGACACAGCCUACUCCAGUAUUUGGCAGGAUACGCCUUGCAGCUUGGGGCUUACGCCACAGUCUCAGGGAACCCCCCACACUCCUCUCUAUUGUGGAACUCCCCUCUCCCAGGACUCUUGUUACUCCAGUCUUCAAGCGACUCCAGUUCUCCAGGGGGAGCCUUCUACGUUUAGUGUUCAAAAACCUUUAAGACAAGACUUCUUUCGUCACUACCCUCCUGCUCGGGGGAAUCUUCAUAGCAUCACAGUAGAAAAAGUUUUGGAAAUCCUCAUGGACGAACUAAAAUCUAUCAUUAAGAAGGACAUUAUACGUAGAAUGAUUGAAGGGGUUGCGUUUAAGGCUUAUGAGGUCUGGUGGGACUGUCAGGAGAACAAAGCAAAGGUUUCUCCUUUGAAAAGUGGAGUUACAAGUGUGGAAGACAAGCUCAAACUCAUGAAUCCUCUCAAUCGCAUCAGUGGGCAGUACACUAAACCUCCACUGCCAUCCUUCAGGUCUGACGGAGAUGACGACGAUGAUAAUCAGCAAGGCGAAGAAAUGGUGACACAAGAACAGUCGAAGGAUCAAGAGACUGUAAUCCGUCAAACAACUGAUAUAGAGCAGUCCUUAAAUAUUGCAACAGAGGUUUUUUCAGAGAGCAGCUCUUCAGAGGAAAGUGAUUACUCGUCAGACUUUGAAUCUUCCAGUUCGUUCUACUCUGGGAGCUAUGAGGACACCGCCUCUGACCUCGCACUGGAGCCAGAACUUGAUGUAGAAAUGGGGAGCCCUAAGUGGACAGCAGAGUUUUUGGUGAACAGAGACAACCUGAGGCCUCCCACUCCUACUGGCUACUUGGUGGACAGUGAUCCUGAUAUUCUUAUUAAAAGCAAACCCACAUCUCCAAGUUCAGAGGAAGUGGAGCGGCCACCGACACCAGGCAAAGGAAUGGUGGUUGAGCUGGCAAGUGCAGAGUCAGAUGAAGUCAAUGAAGUCUUCUCCCCCUCCUCAGCAAAUAGUGAACUUCUUCCCGCCAACUCUGAUCUCCUGCCUGCUUCAUACCUAUUAGAUGAGGAAAUGCCUAGAACUCCGGGGAGGGAAGAACAGAGUUUAUUGAUCAAUUACAGUUCAGGGAGAGCUCCAACAACCCCUGGCAGAGGACCCGUGUCAGAAGAUAACACACUGUGUCCCUCACAUGUUCCGCCACCUUCAAGCGUCCCGUACAUCACACCUCCAAAGACACCUGGAAGAGACGUUAUCUUACCCCGAAGAGCCGAAGUCCACAGGAGGAAAACCACGUUACAUAACUUUCACAGAAGUUCUCCCAUCACAGUAUCCUCUCCACGCAGCCUCUCUGAAUCUUCAUCUGACUCUGCUGAUGGGAGUGGUGUGUCCAUCAGUUCAGGUGUGAGAGCAAAGCCCCUGCAGGGACUGGAGAAUAUGCCAGGUCUUUUGGAUGAAGAGAAAUCAUUACUGAGGAGAAUCCUUCACAGCGUUUGGAAGGAGGGCCUGGAUGAAGAAGAUGCCAGGUUUCUGAAGUCUACUUAUGAAAGGCUCCAAGAAGGGGAUGAUGUUGUUGGCUGGCUCAGUGACACCCGCUGGAUACCUCACCCUCUGACUAAGGUCCCGGCAGAGAGGAGGGAAGAGCACGCUUUCUGGCAGCUCGUCCACAGGACUGGCUCUGCUCGCAGCGAAGGGUUCUACAAAAUCAGCAGGAAGGAUAAAAUGAAGCUCCUCAAUUACACAAAGCUUUCCACUGAAAUUCCAUCUACAAGUGCUCAGGGAAUGUGUAUUCCAGUGCAACAACCAUCCUCACUGAGAGCAGGAUCUGACUUUAGGUCUGAACAGCGCCGCCUGCUGUCCUCUUUUAACUGUGAUAGUGACUUGGUGAAGUUCAACCAGCUGAAGUUUCGGAAAAAGAGGAUACGCUUCAGCAGGAGUCACAUCCACGAGUGGGGCCUGUUUGCUAUGGAGCCGAUAUCGGCAGAUGAAAUGGUGAUUGAAUAUGUGGGCCAAAUCAUCAGACAGGUCAUUGCUGACAUGAGGGAGCAGAGGUAUGAAGAGGAGGGCAUUGGAAGCAGCUAUUUGUUUCGUAUUGAUCAAGACACCAUCAUUGAUGCCACUAAAUGUGGGAAUUUAUCCAGGUUUAUCAAUCACAGCUGUAAUCCUAACUGCUACGCAAAGAUCAUCACUGUGGAGUCCCAGAAGAAAAUAGUGAUCUACUCCCGGCAGCCAAUAAGCGUCAAUGAAGAGAUUACAUAUGACUACAAAUUUCCCAUUGAGGACACAAAGAUUCCUUGUCUGUGCGGUGCAAACAGUUGCAGAGGAUCCUUGAACUGAUAUCACAUCAAAUGCCUUAAUCAUUUCAACAGCCAAAGAGGCCUGAGGUGCACUCUGAACUAAAUAUUCUUUGGUACUGAUCAAAACUGUACCGUCAAUAACUGGAAGCCCUGCAGGAGCUCAGGAUAGAACUGCAGACACAUUGGUGUCACUCAAAAGAUCAUAGC